GCUCGCGCAGAUUGACCGUUGCCAUGGCGACACCGCGACCCAACGGCAAGCUCACGGCAGGCGGACGGUGAAUGAAACUACCCGGGGCCAUCUUGCACAUCACUAGCCAACGCUCACACGGAAGUCCGAGCCAGGUUGGAAGCACUUUGGCUCCGCGUGGGAGUCGUGUUGUCGGCGGCGGUCGGACGGAACGUGCCGGCACGUCCAGUGAGGUGUCAGUGGUGAGAAAGGCGGGGGGUGGAGGGGCUGCUGCAUUGCUAUGUGACCCCCCGGGGAGAGGGAGUUGCCGUUAUUUCAGUUGCGCUGACCGACUUCGACAACAUCCGAAACAGGUGUACGCUUUCAUCACACCGGUGCCCUGUUAGCUCCGCGCUAGCAGCGCGAGACGCCACUGGAAAACAACAACAACAGCAGCGGGAGCGGGGGCGAUGACUCGGAAUUAUCCCUUGAACUGAGUACAAAGGAGGACGGCGCUGACGUUGAUGUUCAGCACUGGAGCCACAAGCUUUUAAGCUCCACACAGAAGUGCCGACGCUACUAACUAAAGCAGGGAAGUUCAGCUUAAAUCCCCCCCCAACAUAAUCUCUAUUGUUGGAUCAGCCGGUGCGAUAGCAGCAGUUCCUGGAGCUUCGACAUUUGCAGUUUUUUCCCCUGCCAUUCAAGGAACACUUCAUGGAAUUAAGCUGGACUUAGACGAAAGAGGGCUGAAAAGACAGUCACUACAGCUGGUUUGAUUGGAGGGAAAAGACUCGCAACUCACCUGCACCUGACUUGGCAUACCAAGUAGUAGUUUCUGGUUUUAUGACGGAAAGUGUGUCUCCCUGCUGUGGACUAAGAAGUGCUCUUCAAAAUGAAUACAGAUAGCGGAGGAUAUGAACGCAAAAGUGUGGCCUUGUCACUCAUACUCUCUCCCAUGAAGAGGGUCCAGAGCACACCAAAUCUAGCCACAGGGAGUGAGACUCACUCGACAGACUUUGAUGCGUGGAGGUCACACAGUGUGACAGAUGGCCUUAAGAACGGUGAUGCCACCAGCUCGUCUCUCGCUGCCAAAGGUUUCCGCAGCGUUAGACCCAACCUGCAGGACAAGAAGUCGCCAACGCAGGGGCUGCUCUCCCCUGACCCCACCCCACAGUACUACUCAUAUCGCUGCCACAGCUCCGAGUCACUCGACUACCUGUCAGGUUUAAUGCCCAAGGCGCUGUCACCCACCCCGUACGUGUCCUUCACGCCGGGGUCGGUCAGCGGGCAGCUCCUCCCCGGGGUCAACAGCAUCGGCAGCUGCCUGUCGCCCUCAGCCUCCCCUGUGACCGUUUCCGCUCUCAGCCACUACUCCACAUCUACAGCAGGCCUCCUGGACGAGCUGCAGAUCUGCAGCCUGGACUCACCCGGCUGCUCGCCCACGCCAUCUCCCACCCUCAGCCAUGUCUCUGCCUACACAUCCACCGCUGGCCGUGAAGAUGUGCUAACAGCCUCCACUGCUGCGGCUGCGGCUGUCACUAACGGUCAGGUCAUCUCUCAUGCUAUGAAUGGAAGCAGCGGCGCUCCACUGAGACCCCUCUCCCCUCCGUCCUACCCUCCUCCACCCAGCUCUCUCCACACCAAGCUCCCGAGACAAAGUAGGAGCUCAGAGGGCAGUGAGUCAUUUACCAGAGAGUCAGUGGUGUCAGGCAGCACAGUAAUCAGCAGCACUGUCCCCAUCGCACGCUACUCAGAGGAAGAGAAGAAAGUGUCAGUCAUUAAAGCUCCACACUACGAAGGCAUCGGACCCGUGGAUGAUACCGGCAUUCCUAUUGCCAUCCGUACGACGGUUGACAGGCCCAAGGACUGGUACAAAACCAUGUUCAAACAAAUCCACAAGGUCCACAAAGCGGAUGACGACUAUUCGGACACAUACAGCGCCACGUAUGCUUUCAUCAACAAUGACGACUACAGCCAAUCAUCUAACCCCACCAUGGCCCACCCACCUCCAAGGACUCACACGUACAGACCGCUUUCCAAAAGCCCCUCAGACCACAGUGGACAUCUAGCUCCUCGAGAGCCAUCACCGUCACUUGGUCCUCCUCCACCUCCGCCCAUGCCCUCGCUCCUCCAGCUGAGAGCCCGUGACAGUGAUCGAGACAAAGACACACCUGAUAUGAAUGAGUGGGGACCCCCGGACAAAAAAGUGGACACAAGGAAGUACCGAGCCGAACCGAAGAGUAUUUUUGAAUAUGAGCCAGGGAAGUCCUCCAUUUUGGAAUGUGAGAGGCCGAGCAAUGAUGAUGUAGAUUUAGAGAACGAGCCUUGGUAUAAGUUCUUUUCCGAGUUGGAGUUUGGGCGGCCGCCUCCUAAAAAAAGACUGGAUUACAAUCCAGACAUCGCGGCUCGCCGGCUCAUUGAGACGUCCUUACACAUCGCUCCUGCUGACAAGACUCCAGAGAGACCUGCGAGCGCUGCCAGUGACUACAGGAAGAGAAGGAAGUCUGAGCCUUCAAACUCGCAAGGGAAUCUUCCGUCUAGUCUAAACCGAGCUGUAACAUCCCCCAAACCAGUGGACACCUACCGACCCAGCAGCAGCCUGAGGAGAGCUGCCGUUCGCUCCUCGCCGUCGUCCCCUUCUAAAGCCAAAGGUGGGGACGCAUGCAUCAUGUUUUCAAACAGUUCGACCUCUCCAGGUCCAGAUCUGCCAUCUGUUCCCUCCGACUCUGAACUUUGCACUGAGGGAACCAGCCACAGUUCGUCCUCCAGGCAGUCAGUCUUAUGUGACAGGCAGACGAAACACGAUGGGAAUUCAGCUCCUGGAAAGCUUAGGUCCCGAAGUUGCGACGACUUGCUCAACGACGGUCAUCCGGCGUCAGGUCGAUGUAAUGCCACUCGCUCAGAAAGCGCCGGCUCUCUGGUCUGCGAUGAAAAUCUUUCCACAUCCAUCGGCUCCAACUCGAAUCAGUCGCUGCCUCGGGUCCGCCGCCGACGGGCGCAUGACUCUCCGGGCUUUCUCCAGCUUUAUCGUAAAAUGCACCAGAUCGACCGAGCUCACCUGAUCCCGUCCGAACUCAUCCGCUCAGUCCGGGCUCGCAUCCUGGAUUUGGAGCGACAGCCUCACAUACAUCGCCAUCCUCUCUCUCCUUGGACGCCAUCCUGGCGUGUGGAGGUUCCAGCUGACACUGUGCCAAACCGUAUUUCUGAAUAUGAGCGCCUUAUCCAGAAGUCCAAAUCCAUGCCCAAUCUUGGCAACGGAGAGUUGCCCUCUGGUACCACCACCCCUGGCGGGUCCUCAUCCCGAGCCAGCAGCGGAGGUGCCGGCACGCCAAAUUACCCAAAGCGUCGUUUCUCUAUAGAGUCCUUGCUGGAAGAAGAUGCCAGCCCCGGCAGAAGUGAACCGCCGUCCAUGGAUCAUUUCCAUCGGCCUCGGAGCCCCCCCGAAGGCCAGCCGAGAGUCGGUCCGGACCCGGGUCGUGGACGUCUUGCUCCGCCUCCUCCUGUUCCUCAAGUGCCACAAGCCAGCGCUGACUACUCAGACAGUGAGCAAGAUGCUUUCGCGUCUGACCUCAGUGACUUCAUCCAGGUGGAGGGGUCUUCAUUUUGCAGCGAGAGUGACUUUGACCACUGUUCACUGACGUCCUCUGAGAGCCUUUACAACUCCACCACCCUCCACCACCACCUCCGUCACCACCACCAUCAUCACCACCAAAGUGUGGGCCACAGCCAGGGCUACCAACACCGCCACCUUAUCAGCACCUGCAAGGGCCGCUGCCCCGCCACUUACACCCGUUUCACCACCAUGCUUCGCCACGAGCGGGAGCGAGCGCGGCAGGAGCACCAGAGACCCCCCCACCAAAGCAGAAGCAGAGGUUCCCAAAAUCCUAGCUCACAGUGCCAGCAACCCAUGUCCAAGCUGGCCUACCUGGUCAGCCCAGUGCCUUUCCGCAGAAAAAAGGGCUCCCCACCUACCUCCAGGAGAAACAACGAUGGCGCCGGUCGUAGCAGCAGACCCAAGUCCAAGCAGGCCAUUUACGAAGCCCUGGACGCGGCGUUGAGGGACAUUUACGAGCACAUUCAAGCCGAAAGAGGCCACCGAGGCACCCGGCCGCCCGACGAAAGCAUCCUGAGAAGAAUACUGGCUGAACUGCUGCCAAAUGUGCCUGAAAGAAGCUCCUCAUUACGGGGGAGGCGGGGGUGUUGGCACGCAGGUCACUCUUCCUCAUCAUUAAACCCAGAUGGCAGCCCGGUAUUCAGAGAGCCGUCCACGCCGCAGUCACAGUCGCCACGGCUACAGUCGCCAAUCAGUGCCUGUUACGGACGCCAUUCGGACGCGGCCAACAAUAAUGAUUAUGAAGAGCAGGGGAAUGGAAAUGGUCUCUUUUAUUCAGACCAGGAUGUCUCCAGGAGUUACUCCACCAUGGACGGACGCCACACGCCUCAGAGCAGGAGACCCACACCUGACAGAGAGGUCUCCCACAAGCAGAUGACACAACUCAUUCUCUUCUCUCUCCUUCAUCAGAAGCAGCCGGCCCGAGCCAUUUAUGAUUUUAAGGCACAGACGGCCAAGGAGAUCAGUUUUAAGAAGGGGGAUGCUGUAAACAUCAUCCGGCAGAUCGACAACAACUGGUACGAAGGAGAGCACCGGGGGCGCGUGGGGAUCUUCCCCAUAUCCUAUGUGGAGAAAAUGCCGUCGGUGGAGAAGCAUCAGCCUUCGCGGCCUCCUCCGCCGGCGCACGUCAGAGAGAUCGGCGAGGCAGUUGCUCGCUAUAACUUCAAUGCUGACACUAACGUGGAGCUGUCUCUCAGGAAGGGCGAGAGGGUCGUCGUGCUCAGGCAGGUCGACCAGAACUGGUACGAGGGUAAAAUUCCAGGAUCAACCAAACAGGGAAUCUUCCCUGUUUCCUACGUCGACAUCAUCAAACGCUCUCCGGGAAAGAAUGCUGCUCAACACCUGGAGCCCCAUGGUUUCCAGGGCAGCAGGACACCGAGCUCCACUCCUGUCAAGAGAUUAGUCCAAGAUGCACUGCAUGGUGGAGGAGACCCGUACCAGGCGCUGUACAACUACAUGCCCCGAAACGAGGACGAGCUGGAGCUGAAAGAAGGCGACGUCGUGGACGUGAUGGAGAAAUGUGACGACGGCUGGUUCGUUGGAACCUCUCGAAGAAGCAAGUUGUUUGGAACUUUCCCAGGAAACUACGUGAAGCAGCUCCAAUGAUUCCGACCCACCACGACCCCCUUCGCCCCCCCCGCGCUGCCCCACUCACUCGCAGGCUUCACACAGCUCUUACUAGCCACCUUUAUCAGACGAUAUUUUUUAUCAAUUUGACCUUUUUAUCCUCAUUUUUCUACCAUGGAGAACCUCUGUCCCCCUGAAGGAAAGCUGCAGGUGUGAUGUCCCAGGAUGGCGACGGUGCGGUCGAGGAGACGCUACGGUAUUUCACCCGUCUGGUUCAAGUGGGAACGAUCAACGUGAUCUGGAUCCACCUGCACUGACGCACAGACAUGGGACUGAUACUUUCAGGAGUGGCUUUUGAAAACGUGUCAGCACAUGGUUCUUAAAGGGUCCAUAGAGGGUUACGUCCCAAGAUGAUGUACAUUUUUCAUUAUACUAAGUGACCUGACUGGUGGAUCGGAGGGGCAUGUGAAUUGGUCACAUGACAUCGAAAUGUAGACAUCGGCCUUCAUCCGUGUCCAGUGGGGAGCCAUGACCCCGCCCCCCCAGCUGAUCACCUUUUUGUCCAGCGUAACUUCUACCGAUCCAUGAUCACGUGAUCAUCAUCUCACUUCUGUUUGGCCCAAUGAUCCGUAAAACACAGAUGAUGUUUAGCUUUACUUGUCCUUCCCUGUAAAAUAAAUAACUUUAAAAAACUAUUUUAUAAAUAUGAACAUAGCUAAAAUGCUAACAGGCUUAGCAUUUGAGUUGUCAUGGACUAGAGCUUGGUCAUUAUUUUAGAGCCCAUUAGGAGGCGCUGUGUCAAGAGCGCCAUCUACUGAGCUCUGAAGACGAGGACAUUGUUUCAUGAAUAUUCACCCAGUCACUGAGCAGUGACACACUGGAGGCCUCAACGUGACUUUCAGUAAACAUGCUUUGUCUCAUGGGCCUAACUCGACAUCUGCGAGGAAAAUAUUUUGUCGAUGGCAGCACUGAAUUGUCUUUCUCCCUGGGAUCAAAUCAGAGGUUUUAAUCGACCCAAUGUGGAGUCUAUGGGCCCUCUAAGACUUCUAGGUUUUAUUUAAACAAACAAUUUACUUCUCAGUACUUCAGAGUGUUUAAAUCUUUAUUUUGAUGCACUUUACUUUCACGUUUGUUUAUUUCACAGAGACGUAGCUCACGAUCAGCUAGAUCAGGCCUGACGAGUGGAUCCUCGAACAUGAUAAACAUAACUGUGUUGAAACUAGUGGCAACGUUGGACGAUCGGAACUCAAGCAGUAUUCUCCUUCUCAUCUGUUCAGAGCUUCACUCUCUUUUCUGUCGUUUUAAAUACCAGCAGAGUUUGUCACGCCGUCGUCAAUAUACUUACAUGUUUAGCUGCAAAUUUCUUGUUUUUUUGUUUGGUUUUUUUUUGGUCACUUUCGGUCGCGCCAGACGACACUGGUGAAUUGUCAAAGCACCUUAAGAUUUAUUUAAUCAUCAGUCCACUCCCUGGAACUCGGCUGGUGCGCGUGUGUCUGCGUGAUGUUUUUGUAAGCGUUUCGUAUGAGAGCUGUAAAAAAACGUCCACCUGCUUUAUAAAGUUUGCUUUUCGUCACCACCACUUU